UGUAAGCCUGGAUGAAAAAAGAUAAGGGUACAUGGUAAAUCUUCAAAUAAGUCACAGCAUGUUAGAGUUGGGAGGACUGGACAAAGUUCCCUGUAUCACCUCCCUCCUCUCCUAGCCAUCAUGUCCCCAUAAUUGGGGACCUGGGGAGGCAAGGGUCAUUCCCAGGGAAAAGCUGAGAAAGGCAGGGAGUAAAGAGGCUGAGAAAUAACUCUGCAUUUGGGGGACCGUGGCAUCUGAGCUGACAGGAAAGGGAGAGUGUUGUGAAGGGAUAACUAGGAGGCAUGAGGCAUCUAUCCCCUCAACGAAGGCAGGCUAAGUAAGGUCCAGAAGGGGCCUGGCUACAGUCCCAAAUCUUCAUCCAGAAUCAGUUCAGCACAUCAGAAUCGGUCCAGAGUUGUCUUGGAACAUGCGCAAAGGCUCCCAGCUGGGCAGUGGCAGAAUGGGGCUGGAACCAGGUCUCCUGAGUCCCACUCUCAAAUUUUUCUCAUCACCCUGCCUCCUCCCAGACAUGGGUCUCAUGGGGGAGUUCUUGGCCUGUCAAAUCCUGGAAAUCUCCCUUCACAGGUGACUCUUUGCUUGCCAGGCAGGGUUGGGCUUUUCUGGUUCUGACCAGCGGCCUUUUUAACCCUCCAAUGUCAACUGUCUUGCUGUCUCUAUCCAUCCUCUUCCUCGGAAAGCUCGAGUGGGCUCUUCAGUGCCUACGUGGGGUCCUGUGAUCCGGGGAGAGGUGAUGGGCAGCCUGGGACCCGGCGCAGCAGUAGACCUUCCAGGGACAGUGGACACGUGCCUUGGCAUCUGGACAUGCUGAUACUUUUCUACAGAGAGGGGAGUGUGGGGGAAACAGGGGGAGGAAUCCAGCGACUUCUCCCGCCAUAAUAAUUCCUGCUCUCCCCCUCAGACUGACCCUCGUCUGAGCGUCUGGGCCACCUCAAUGCCCACUGGUAGGGCAGCAGGAAAAGGAGGGAGAGGCGGGUUUGCUGGUUUGUUUGGCCGGGCAUGCGGAGCAUUAGGCCUGCCUGCCCCUCCUCCGAGGUCUGUCUCCACUCGCUCCUCUCCCCCUCUCCGCCCACCUGUCCCUCCGGGCGGCUUGGGCGCCACUGCUACUGUCCCCAACCCGUCCCGCCAGCCGGGCCAAAGGGCGGCGUGACUCACAGCACUGCCACCAGCCCACGGCUUGCAGCGGUGUAUAAAGGCUGCCCCGGCGGAAGGCGGCCGAGCACAGCCCGCUGGCCCACGGCGUGCAGAGGAUGGCCCGAAGCGCGGAGAAAGGCUGCGGCGGCACAGGCUGGGGGCUGCGCAGCGCCCUGGCCGCAGUGGCGCUGCUCUCGGCGCUCAAUGCCGCGGGCACAGUGUUUGCUCUGUGCCAGUGCCGCGGGCUGAGCGCGGCGUUGCAGGCGCUGGAGGCGCAGCGGGGCAAGGAGCAGAGCGAGGACAGCGCUCUGCGUGCCUUCCUGGCGGAGCUGAGUCGCGCGCCACGACAGGCGCCCGCGCCACCCACGGACCCGGCGAGCGCAGCGCGUAACAAGCGUAGCCACCGCGGGGAGACCGCGCCGCACAUCCGCGCUGAGAGCAACGACAUGCUGAUGAUGAUGACCUACUCCAUGGUGCCGAUCCGAGUGAUGCUGGACCUGUGCAACAGCACCAAGGGGAUUUGCCUGACAGGACCACCUGGCCUGCCAGGACCUCCAGGAAUUGGUGGGUUACCAGGACACAAUGGAUCAGAUGGACCGCCUGGUCCCCAGGGCCCAAAAGGCGAAAAAGGAGCAAAUGGGAAAAGAGGAAAAAUGGGGCUACCUGGAGCCACAGGAAUUCCAGGAGAAAAGGGAGACACUGGUGAACUGGGCUUGACCGGAAAUGAGGGCCCAGCAGGGCAGAAGGGUGAAAAGGGGGACAAAGGGGACGUGUCCAAUGAUCUGCUACCCACAGGUGCCAAAGGUGACCCAGGUCCACCAGGCCCGCCUGGCCUACCUGGGCCCCCGGGCCCUCCAGGUCCCCCAGGACCCCCCGGAAGCAGAAGAUCGAAAGGCUCUCGGCAGCCGAAUGUGUUCAACGGCCAGUGCCAAGGUGAGACAUGUGCUGUCCCCAAUGAUGAUACCUUGGCUGGAAAAGCUGAUGAGAAAGUCAAUGAACACCAUUCCCCACAAGCAGAAUCCAUGAUCACUUCCAUUGGAAAUCCAAUGCAAGUAUUAAAAGUUACGGAGACAUUUGGGACUUGGAUAAGAGAGUCUGCUAACAAGAGUGAUGAACGGAUCUGGGUGACUGAACAUUUUUCAGGCAUCAGGAUGAAGGAAUUCAAAGACCAGCCCUCCCUGCUGAAUGGCAGUUACUCGCUCAUCCACCUCCCGUAUUAUUUCCACGGCUGUGGGCAUGCCGUUUACAACAGCUCUCUCUACUACCACAAAGGAGGCUCCAACACCAUAGUGAGAUUUGAAUUUGGCAAAGAAACAUCCAAAACUCUGAAGCUUGAAAAUGCCUUGUAUUUUGAUCGAAAAUACCUCUUUGCCAAUUCCAAGACUUACUUCAAUCUAGCUGUAGAUGAAAAGGGCCUUUGGAUUAUCUAUGCUUCCAUUGUGGAUGGCUCGAGCAUUCUUGUAGCCCAGUUGGAUGAGAGGACAUUCUCUGUGGUGCAACACAUCAAUACCACGUACCCCAAAUCCAAGGCCGGCAACGCCUUCAUUGCCCGAGGGAUCCUCUAUGUCACGGACACCAAAGAUAUGAGGAUAACGUUUGCCUUUGAUUUGUUAGGAGGGAAACAGAUCAAUGCAAACUUUGAUUUAAGAACUUCCCAGUCUGUUCUUGCCAUGUUAUCAUACAAUAUGAGAGACAAGCAUUUAUAUUCAUGGGAAGAUGGCCAUUUAAUGCUUUAUCCUGUGCGGUUUUUAUCAGCUACAUUAAACCAGUGAUGGGAUGCGUUCUGUUCCCCUCAGGAAAUUUCAGAAGUUCUCUGGCACCAUUUCUAUCCCAACAGAAAACUGUCUUUAAGGGUAGCCAGGUGCUUAGCUGUCAUAAUCUCGUGACAUGAGUGUGCAUAUGGCUGGUAAAUGCCCUUUAAAUUCAGAUUCUUCAGAGGAAAAGAACAGAUUGGAAGUCAAAAUGGCUGAGAUUUGCUGAUUCCUCCACAAACUCACUGGGCAAGUUACCGCUGCCUCUUCAGGCCUUGUUUUCUCUACUGGUAAGAUGAAAGGGCUGGCUAAGACGAUGGGCGAGAUUUUCUGUACUUGUAGGGAAUUUUGCGACUCUUGGCUAUUGCUGCUCUCACCACUUUUAUAGAUUUGGUCUUGGUUUUUGGUUUUUAGCAAUGUGCUGAGCCAAUUGACCUCUGAGUUGAUCAGCCCAAUUGCUUGAGCAAUGAAUUUCUCAACGCUUGUCGUAUUUGGUGCCUGUGGAAGCGGCACUGACCCUUUAAGGCUGCUGAGGUACCAUGUUACCUAUAAGUUAUUACCUUUCUCGGCAUCUGCACCUGUCACCACAGCACCAGAAAGACCUUCUGAUUGCCGUUCCAAGAUUAGCAAAAGCCAGGAACAGCUAGCUACAUGCCAGGGUUUCCUAGUGAAACAGAAAUAGGCCCUUCCAGGUUCCUGUCAAUUUCUGAUCAGGCUGGUUUGCAGCUGUGGGUCAUAAACCAGCGUCAGGUCUCACUGAAGCUACCACAGCUAUGGACCCACUCUCAGAGUUAAACACUGUGUGUGGGGGCCUCAAUCUAGCUAGAACCGCGAGAAGUACGUUGCAGUUUUCCGAAGAGCGGCACCGUUGUGGCUGUUAUCUAGAACAGGGAUGGGAAACUAUGGCCCUCAGGCCACAGCCAGUCCAUCAACUGUUUUUGUAAAUAAAGUUAUAUCGCAACACAGUUACAUGCAUUUGGGUAUGUGUUAUAGUCUGUGGCUACUUUGCUCUAUAAUGGCAGAAUUGAAGCAUUGCAAGAAAGUUGGGUAGUGGCCCGUAAAACCUAAAAUAUUUACCCUCUGGCCCUUCGCAGCAAAAGUUUGCUGGCCCCCGAUCUAGCAUAUAAAGUGAGCCUGAGCCUUGGAAGGGCUUGACUCACCAGAGCCUGUUUGUUUUCUUUUGUUCCAGACCAAGAAGUGGUAAUUUAAUUUUUGGUAAAGGGAAAGGGUGAGAACAGCAUACAAUUAAGUGGCCUUCCUAAAAGCAGUUAGUGAACUGUUCUUUCCCUAAUAUAGUUUCAAAGGAUAUGAUCUGAUCCCCUUGAAUGCCAGGAGAUAACUCCAGUUUAACUUGCUCUGAAAUGUUCUUAUUACGUAUGUUUUCCUGCCAACUCAGUUCUUCAAACAUCCUUCACCUGGCACUGAAGUCCAGGCAGGGCCACUGACAGUAGAGAGGAAUCUAGAAAGUGACUAGGGCCUUGCAGCGAGGAGGGGGACCCAGGGAAACUCUUAUGUAACGACUUACCAGCAAUUGGCCCUCACUGGAUACUUGUGUAUGUUGGGGGUGAGCUUCGGAAACUUUUUGACUGGCGCCAAAUCCAUUCUCAGUGAACCUGAGUCCUGGUUUUAUACCUUAUUAAUAGACACAUUUUAAAACUUAGGGGAAUGUACAGAUUUCAAUAUUUAAAUCUCCCCACCCCUGAAAAUACCUACGAAGAUAUUAGGGAACUUUUUGUUGUGUUCUCAGAAUUCAAGGGUAUUUGAAACUUUCCCCCCCACUUUGUAAUUAGAUGGGUUGUUUCAUGUCAUCACAACUUUUUAAAAAUACUCUUUUCAAAUUCAUGUUUUGUAAAAAAGUGGAGUUUCAUGCUCAGGAUGGAUGUGUCUAGUGAAUGCUAGUCUUUUAAAGCAUUUAAACAAGUGUGUUGCUGUUGCUAGAUACAGGGGACCUGGAUGUGAAUAUAACUUCAUAGUAAUAACCAUGUGAGCAAUAGUAAUAUAGACAAUACUAAUGAUAUAUAAGGCAGUGACCCAAAGAAGUUAGUUAUUAAAUUAGCACAUAUUCCUUUUAGGGAAAAGUUUUAAAACCCCCAGUCUUGCUUGAUAUCUGAGCUAUCUUGCUUCCUUAAUAAUGGGUAAAGAAUCAUAUGCUCACUACUAGAGAAGCUUAUACUGAAAUUUUUUUUUUUUUUUUUUCUAUGGCAAUGUAAUCUAUAAGGACAACUGAAUUUGAUCAAGGUUUAAUGGGUAAUUUUAUAAUAUGGUUGAAAGUUUGUCUUUACAGAGUGAAAAGAAUUAAGAUUUUACUCAUUCUUUCCUGCAAGCAGUACUUGAGUAAAGAAAGAAAGAAAAAAAAGGUUCGGGCUCACUGCGAAUGUUUUUAAAUCAAGAUAUCAUUUUAGCAGUUUCCACUGUCACUUAUACCAAAGUUGCUUUAAAGCGCUUUCCAAAUAUCUGCACUUCUGAUGUCAGAAUCAAGCCAGAUAAUUCUCUACUUCUUCUUUAGAGAGCUUCCCACUGGAAAGUAAAUAAAACCACCCUCCCACCCUCAAAGUUAGGUUGGACUCUUAUUUCAAAGCAUUUUCUUUCAACUGAUAACAUUUCCUCUUGAAGCUGUGCAGGUGGUUAUGGUCUCAAGGUAUCACUAAGCACAGGUGUUAUGACAGAGAAAGAGUUCUGGGGUGAAAGUUUUAAAACAAGGGCUUCUGAUCUUAGGCACCAUCACAGUUUUAGUCCCUUCAAGGUUGCAAGGUGAAAAGUCAAAUGAGACUACAAUUCUUGAAGAGCCAGGUGUCAUUUUCCAGCUGCAGAGAGUAGAUUUUGGCUAUGACUAUUUGAUGUGAAACCAUCUAAAGAAUAAGUUUGUGAUAGGGCUUUUUCGUCUUCAUUCAGCUGCUGACCUUGUGUAUCACAUCAUUAAAGGCCACAAUUUCUAAUCUGUAACCACAGAUUCUGAACAAUUUUGGACAACAAAUAAUGGUGACUGUCUCUUUUUUGGUUGUAAUUUCUUUAACUUUAAUCUAAUUAGUCAAUAAAAUAAUCAUCACUGAAUACAAUCACAUAUUGAAACAAGUGUAUUGUUAUUUUUACCUCUUGUUAAUUUACAUGUAACAUUUAAAAGAAAAAAACAACCAAAAAAAAUAUUGUGGUAGAAUUAUAUUGGUUGCUCCUGUUAAAACUCUUGCAAUUUGCUAUCUCCUUCUGAAUACUGAAAAAUCAUGGCAUGGACUAUGUUUUCUCUAUAGAAAACCAUGAAAAAUGUAAAACUAAUAACUAGAACUACAUAGACAGAAAUGCAAUGAAGAUUUGCUAAUUUAUUGGCAUAGGCAAAGCAACUGAAAAGGACAUAACAUUUGGGGCUAAAAAAUAAAAAAGAACAGGGCCAGCCGAGUGGCGCGAUGGUUAAGAACUUGCUUGGGA